AUGGCUACUGUUUCAGAUAUCACAGCAUCCGCCACCAUUAACGGUUUAUCUGCAAUAUUGUUUCUUGUGUUAUUCGGGAUUUUACGCCUUCAACCCAUGAACGAUCGAGUUUACUUCUCAAAAUGGUAUCUCAAAGAAUCCGAGCUUAUCGACCAUGCUGGACUUGAUUCUGCUGUGUACAUUCGAAUCUAUCUUCUUGGGUUGAAAAUUUUUGUUCCGAUUGCACUGCUUGCUUUCACUGUGUUGUUACCUGUAAAUUAUACAGACAGAAAUUUUGAGAUAUUGAUCACCAAAGUGGAAGAUUUAACAUUCAGUCAGAUAGACAAGUUUUCCAUAUCCAAUGUCCCUUCUGGAUCAAAAAGGCUAUUUGUGCAUAUAUUUAUGGCGUACGUCUUUACUUUUUGGACAUGCUAUAUGCUUUAUAGGGAAUAUAAAAUUGUAACAGACAUGAGGUUGCAUUUCCUUGCCACCGAAAAGCGUCGCCCAGAUCAGUUUACUGUUCUUGUGAGAAACAUCCCCCCUGAUGUUGAUGAAUCCGUUAGUGAAUAUGUUGAGCAUUUUUUUCGUGUUAAUCACCCUGAUCAAUAUCUUUUACAUCAGGUGGUGUAUAAUGCAAAUAAGCUCGCGAAAAUAGUGAACCAGAAGAAGGAUUUGCGUAAUCGGCUUGUCUACUACACCAAUAAGUACGAGAGAAGACCCAAUAGAAGGCCAACCACGAAGGCAGGUUUUUGGGGACUUUGGGGAAAGACGAUCGACGCCAUUGAUUACUAUUCUGCAGAAAUCGAGAAGUUGAGCAACAAAGAAGUAGCGGAAAGAGAAAGAGUGAUUGGUGACCCGAAAGCUGUUGUUCCAGCUGCGUUUGUUUCAUUCAAAUCGCGAUGGGGUGCAGCCGUCUGUGCACAAACACAACAAACGAGGAAUCCGACUCAUUGGAUCACGGAUUGGGCUCCCGAACCACGCGAUGUUUACUGGGACAAUUUAUCCAUGCCGUUCAUGGAGCUCAACAUUCGAAGAGUGUUAAUGGCUGGUGCCUUCAUCGGUCUGACUUUCUUCUUCAUGAUUCCCAUCGCGUUUGUUCAAACUUUGGCCAACAUUGAAUCAAUCGAGAAAGUUGUUCCGUUUCUGAAACCCAUUAUCGAUGCAGGAUCUAUGAAGGCGAUUAUUCAAGGGUUUCUUCCUGGGAUUGUGUUGAAGAUCUUCCUCAUUCUCCUUCCGAUGAUUCUAAUGGAAAUGUCCAAAAUAGAAGGCUACUUUACGAUCUCAACUUUGGAAUCAAGAGCAGCUGGUAAAUUUCAUCUUUUUUUGCUAGUGAAUGUGUUUCUUGGAAGCAUCAUAACCGGAACCGUGCUGCAGCAAAUUCAAGUGUUCUUGAAAGAGUCGCCAUCCGAGAUUCCGAAGAUUGCUAGUGUGGCGAUUCCAAUGAAAGCAACAUUCUUUAUCACAUACAUUAUGGUCGAUGGUUGGGCGGGUAUCGCUGCAGAGAUCCUAAAAGUGGUUCCAUUGAUUAUCUUUCACUUGAAGAACAUUUUCUUGGUGAAAACCGAAAUCGACAGAGAGCAGGCAACAGAUCAGGGUUCAUUGCUUUGGGCCACAUACGAGCCUCGUAUGCAGUUGUACUUCUUGCUUGGACUUGUGUACUCUACUGUUACCCCUAUCCUCCUCCCCUUCAUCAUUGUUUUCUUCGCAUUUGCCUAUCUGGUUUUCCGUCAUCAGGUCAUUAAUGUAUACGACCAGAAGUACGAGAGUGCAGCAUCAUAUUGGCCGGAUGUUCAUCGGCGUAUUAUUAUUGGUUUGAUGAUUUCACAGAUUUUGUUGUUAGGAUUAUUGAGCACGAAACAAGCAUUACACUCGACACCUUUCAUGCUCGUGUUACCGGUGUUAACCUUCUUGUUUCAUCGGUAUUGCAAGAGCCGGUUUGAAUCUGCAUUCAGAAGAUUUCCAUUACAGGAUGCGAUGAUCAAGGAUACACUGGAAAAUGCAAGAGAACCUCAUCUGAACCUGAGGACGUAUCUUCGUGGUGCCUAUAUACAUCCGGUUUUCAAAGGGUUGGAGCUUGAUACAUCGAUGGAUGUUUAUGAAGAUGAUAAUCCAGUAGUUGCUACAACGCGGAGGUCGCAUAAAGGGAGUUCUGGUGAGCUUUCAAGCAUUUUGGUUGCGUAAAGAUCGUGUAUUUGAACUGGAUCACCACAACCCAUUCAAUUAUGUUGUAUAGUGUACUUAAUGGCGCACAUUCAUAUCAAUCAAAUAAUAAUCGCGUUCAUGCAUUUACAUAAGAUACUGUACUUUUGUUGGCACCAAAACAUUUGACUC